GAGGAUGAGCUCCCCGGGCGCCGAGGGCGCGGGGAAGGGCCUGCAGCACCGCGUGGACCACCUGCUGAGCGCCGUGGAGAGCGAGCUGCAGGCCGGCAGCGAGAAGGGCGACCCCACGGAGCGCGAGCUGCGCGUGGGCCUGGAGGAGAGCGAGCUGUGGCUGCGCUUCAAGGAGCUCACCAACGAGAUGAUCGUGACCAAGAACGGCAGGCGCAUGUUCCCGGUGCUAAAGGUGAACGUGUCCGGCCUGGACCCCAACGCCAUGUACUCCUUCCUGCUGGACUUCGUGGCAGCCGACGGCCACCGCUGGAAGUACGUGAACGGGGAGUGGGUGCCGGGCGGCAAGCCCGAGCCACAGGCGCCCAGCUGUGUCUACAUCCACCCCGACUCGCCCAACUUCGGGGCGCACUGGAUGAAGGCGCCCGUGUCCUUCAGCAAGGUCAAGCUCACCAACAAGCUCAACGGCGGCGGCCAGAUCAUGCUGAACUCCUUGCAUAAGUAUGAGCCUCGGAUCCACAUUGUGAGGGUGGGCGGCCCCCAACGUAUGAUCACCAGCCACUGCUUCCCCGAGACGCAGUUCAUCGCGGUGACGGCCUACCAGAACGAGGAGAUCACAGCUCUCAAGAUUAAAUACAACCCCUUCGCCAAAGCCUUCCUGGACGCGAAGGAGAGAAGCGACCACAAGGACGGGAUGGACGACCCCGGGGACGGCCAGCAGUCCGGCUUCUCCCAAUCAGGGGGUUGGCUCCUCCCCGGCACCAGCGCGCUGUGCCCCCCGGCCGCCCCGCACCCCCAGUUCGGAAGCCCCCUGUCGCUGCCCCCCACGCACGGCUGUGAGCGGUACCCCGCCCUGAGGAGCCACCGGCCGGCGCCCUACCCCAGCCCCUACGCGCACCGGAACAGCCCCCCCACCUAUUCUGACUCCUCGCCUGCCUGCGUGUCCAUGCUCCAGCCCCACGACAACUGGCCGGGCCUUGGGGUGCCUACCCACGCCGGCGUGCUGCCCGUGAGCGCCGGCUCCGGCCCCCCUGCGGGCGCCAGCCAGUACCCCGGCCUGUGGUCCAUGAGCAGCAGCGCCGGCACACCGGGCGCUCAGCCAGCCGCGAUGCCCAGCGGGCUGGGGGCCCCGUUCUUCCGCGGGCCCGCCCCCCACCCCGCCGCCCUGGGCCCCCCGGGCCCGGCCUCCUCCUCCUCGGGGUCCCCGCUGUAUGACGGGGCCGCCGCGGCCCCAGAUGUGCCCGACAGCCAGUACGACACCUCGGCCCUGGCCUGCCUCAUAGCCUCCUGGACUCCCGCGUCGCCGCCUUCCCUGUGAGCGCACCCCGGUCUCCAAAGAUGCAACGACUUCUUCGCUGUGGCCACGCGUGCUGUCGGUUCAUCGGGGCACGCGGGCGCCUCAGGGUCGGGAGGAAACACGGUCACAGGCGCCCUCGCCCGCCGGGGCCAGGUCGGCGCGGCCGGGCCAUGUAUGUGCUGCAGAUGAAGGACAUGCCGGCGGCCCCACUCACCGGGUUCACGGGGAGGGGAUUGCUCCGUCCGGGAUGGCCUUUCCCGCGUAGACGGCUCGCACACAGACUGUGACGCGGGCCCACCUUGAACUCCCUCCCUCCCUCCCGGCUGUCAGGGCCUGGGCACAGAUGACGUCAUGGUCGCCUGCCUGGUGCCUGGUCUGCCGGGGACGGGUGGAGUGAGCCUGGGCAGCGAUGCUUGUGUUGUCGAAACUGCAGCUGUUUCUGCUUUUGUUCUGACACCAUCGCCAAGACAAUCAGCAGAAAGCCUUUCUGCACAAUAAAGGCUC